AUGGCCCCAAACCUCUUCCUCUGCUUGCGCACCCUCUGUUGCCCCACAUAUUGGUUCCAACACGGUGAUCGCACCGAUAACAACGCCAACCGAGAACAACAUUGGGAAACUCCUGUCCCAGGAACCUAUAAGUUCCUCCCCGGUCGCGGCUGGCAUCUCAUCCAGCGCGAUGGAUGCGACUUUGAAGAAAAGGCCCCUGCUGCCUUAGUCUACUGUCGCAUUCUCCACCGCUACAUGUUCGAGUCGGAACUCGAAGAGCGCUGCCGCUGGUUUUCGGCUCCGCUGCACAAGGGCACCAAGCCCGAGAAACUCCGCUUUUCCUCCUCGACGACGGGUCGUUUCAUUCCGGGUCCCUACCCUAAGUGGUGGCUCGAUGAGGAUGGCGAAACGAUGCGUCGUGGCGUCUCGCCGCCCGCCAGUGCCAACGUCUCUCGGUGCAACAGUAUCGUUGUGCCCAAGUUCGAUUAA